AUGCGCCCAGGUCGUCGGCUCGAAACUUUUUUUUUUAUCGCGAUAGGCGGGCGUCUUAUGUCAUCCGCAACAAGGCGCCUUCGGGGAACGGACAACCACCGCCGAACAAGCCAACUUCACCCUCGGACUCGUUUCCACGAGGCUGACGUCCUGUUGCCCUUAUAAAUCUGCGUCGCGAUCCAGCGAUGUAUAUGCGUUCGUCCGCAACAUCUCGCUUAGCGGCAUUACACUCUGCCUGAGCGAUGCCCAUUCGAGGCUCUUUGAAUCACAGCCGCCAGUCACCACUCGCACUUCGUCGACCCCAAUGGCAUCCUCCGGCCAGCUAUCAGAGAUUCCACAUCUCGUGGCUCGCAUCAAGACUCUCACAAAUCCACAAUUGAAGGAACUUCUGCGCAAUGAGGGACUCGCGGUAUCGGGUGUCAAGGCGUCGCUACAGUUGCGCAUCAUUGACUAUCUCGAGCGCCUUGCCAAUUCCGAAGGCAAUGGAGCCCGUUACGAUGCCCUCAAGCGACUCAUCUAUCAGGUCGCAAUCCCCGGAGCUUCGGCUUUCCAGUCUUCUUCGCCCAGCUAUCAACUUCCACCUCCACCUACGAUUCAGCCUACACCGUCGCAAUCUCGACCUUCUUCUUUGGGCGCCAUGGCUCCCCAGCCCAGCUCACAUGCAGGUCGCCUAGCUUUCAAAGAAAGCCCCUUCUUCACGAUCAUAUCUCCACUCACUUCGGUGAUGGAAUGUAAAGUCCGUGAACAGACGAGGGAUAGCAUUGAGCUUAAGGUCUUGCUGAGUGCAUCCACGGCAUCGGAUCUGCAGACCGACCCUAACCUUCGGGUGAUGAUCUACUGUGCGGCCGACUCCGGCCUCAAGCAAUAUACCAAGUCAGAUAUUGCGUUCCCCCAUCAAGUAGAGCUCAAGGCCAAUCUGGAUGAAGUCAAAGCCAAUCUCCGGGGCCUGAAGAAUAGACCAGGCACCACCCAGCCCGCAGAUGUCACAGCCCAUAUACGCAAAAAGGCAAAUUAUCCUAAUAACAUUGUGAUGACUUAUGCAUUAACAACCAAAAAAUUCUUCGUGAUUGCCAACCUUGUCCGACAACACCCCGUUGAAGAACUUGUAUCGCAACUCAAAUCCCGCAAGAUCAUCUCAAAGGAACAGGUGAUCCGUGAAAUGAAAAAUCGCGCAGAGGAUACCGAUAUAGUUGCGACAUCAAGUAUCAUGUCACUAAAGUGCCCGCUCUCAACGCUCAGAAUACAAGUUCCUUGUCGCUCAGUGGUCUGCACCCACAACCAGUGCUUUGAUGCGUCCUCUUUUCUGGAACUGCAGAAGCAGGCUCCCACCUGGACCUGUCCCGUGUGCUCAAAGUCCACGAGCUUUGAGUCGUUGCAGGUAGACCAAUAUGUUGAUGACAUUCUUGGAUCCACCUCACGAGAUGUGGAUUCAGUGGUUGUGGAACCGGACGGCACGUGGACUGCACCUAGCGAUGCAAAUGCAGUGAACCUCGGCGAGCGAACUCCCACCAGCGACGAUGAUGAUGACGACGAUCUGAUUGAAAUCAGUGAGCCGGGCAAUCCCUUUAUGAAACAAGAAUCGAUGUCGGCAAACAUCUUGCUGGAGCGAACUCCGGCACAGUCCAAGUCCCGAGAAGCGUCAACUCCCUCCUCAGCGGCUCGCUUAUCAAGUAAGAAACGCCCCGCAGCUCAGGUCAUCGACCUCACUGGCAGUGAUGACGACGAUGAUGAAUCGCCCGCUCCUCCUGUGAAGCGUCCAGCCUUGAAUUUUGGUGUACGCGGGAUAGCACCGCAUGAUUCUCACACGCCAGUGGCCAACAGCCCUCUGAAUGAUCGAGCUUAUCCACCUCCUUCGUAUUAGGGGGCAUCGUCGUAGGAUCUUGGUUCACCAAAUUCACGUAUUCUUUGGUUCCGAGCUCCUGACUCUUUUGGGAGCUGGGCUUCUUCUUUUCCAUAUUUCCUUAUCUUCGUCGAUUCCCCCCCCCCCCC